GGCACCCUCGGAGCCCGGCGCCCGGCGGGGAGGAGGGGGCGUGCGAGCGGGCACCGGCCCGGGGGCGCGGGAUGGAGGAGGAGAUGCAGCCGGCGGAGGAGGGGCCCAGCGUGCCCAAAAUCUACAAGCAGCGCAGCCCCUACAGCGUCCUCAAGACCUUCCCGAGCAAGAGACCGGCGCUGGCCAAGCGCUACGAGCGACCCACCCUGGUGGAGCUGCCGCACGUCCGGCCCCCGCCGCCCUUCCCGCCGCUCUCGGCCGUCUCCAUCAGCAGCAGCGAGCCGCCGCCGCCGCCGCCGCCGCCGCCGUUCCCGGCGCAGAGCUCCUACCCCCCGGGGCCCGGCCGGGCCGCCGCCGCUUCCUCGUCGUCACCGUCCUGCACGCCCGCCGCGUCCCAGGGCCACCUGCGGACUUCGGGGGCGCCGCCGCCCGCGGCCCCCGCCGCCUCGUCGUCCUCGUCUUUCGCCGCCGUCGUCAGGUACGGCCCGGGCCCGGCGGUGGCCGCGGGCGGCGGCGGCGGCGGCGGCGGCGGCGGCGGCAGCAGCAGCAGCAACAGCAGCAGCAGCAGCUGCAACAGCAGCAGCAGCAGCAGCAGCAGCAGCGGCAGCACGGGCGGCGACGGCUGCAGCCUGGAGCUGAGCGCAGAGAGCCGUAUGAUCUUGGAUGCUUUCGCCCAGCAAUGUAGCCGCGUCCUUAGCCUCUUAAACUGUGGAGGAAAACUUCUGGACUCCAGUCACUCCCCAUCCAUGAUUUCUUUCGUCAAACAGGAAGGCUCAAGUUACCCCGAAAGACAGGAGCCAUGCCACAUGGGGAAAGGAGUCCACAGUCAGACCUCAGACAGUUUAGACAUAGAGAUGCAAUAUAUGCAAAGGAAACAGCAAACCUCAGCCUUCCUGCGGGUUUUCACAGACUCCCUACAGAAUUACCUGCUUUCUGGAAGCUUCCCCACUGCCAGCACCUCCUCUAUCAGUGAGUAUGGCCACCUGGCCGAGGGCGACCCUCUGUCCACCUCCCCCGUGCAUACAUUAGGGGGCUGGACCUCACCGGCCACAUCCGAAUCCCAUGGCCACCCAUCCUCCUCCACCCUGCCCGAAGAGGAAGAGGAGGAGGAAGAGGAAGGCUACUGCCCACGAUGCCAAGAGCUGGAGCAGGAGGUCAUUUCUCUACAGCAAGAAAAUGAAGAACUCCGCAGGAAAUUGGAGAGUGUCCCAGUGCCAUGCCAGACUGUUCUAGAUUACUUGAAGACAGUGUUGCAACACCACAACCAGCUCCUGAUCCCCCAGCCAGCUGACCAGCCGACUGAGGGAAGCAAGCAACUGUUGAACAACUAUCCUGUCUACAUAACGAGCAAACAGUGGGAUGAGGCCGUCAAUUCUUCAAAGAAAGACGGGAGACGGCUCCUUCGCUACCUCAUCAGAUUUGUUUUCACAACCGAUGAGCUUAAGUACUCAUGCGGCCUUGGGAAAAGGAAAAGGUCAGUGCAGUCAGGAGAGACAGGUCCCGAAAGACGCCCUCUGGAUCCAGUUAAAGUAACAUGCCUCCGAGAAUUCAUUAGGAUGCACUGUACCUCCAACCCUGACUGGUGGAUGCCCUCGGAGGAACAGAUCAACAAAGUGUUCAGCGAUGCUGUGGGCCACGCCCGGCAGGGGCGCGCCGUGGGGACUUUCCUACACAACGGUGGCUCAUUCUAUGAAGGCCUCGACCCCCAGGCUUCCCAGGAUGACGUCUUCAACAAAAACUCCCAGGAUGCGUCUGGGGAUUAGAGGACAGCUUCUUUCCACUGUAGUGGCUGGUCCUUCUCAAUGGGGUCCUAUUGUGAUGUCUCGUUAAACCACCCCUGUAGAGCCCAAAUCAUGUCAUUCUGUCAGAUUUUUCACAAGCUCAACCUUCAUCUCUUGACCAGUGGCCAUAGUUCCCCUCUAGAAACCCAUUUGGGAGUGGUUAUGGAGUCUACUGUUUCAUAAUGCUGUAUUAUAUAUUUAAAAAUGGGGAGGAUAUCACAGUUGAU